AUGGCUCGUGGUGCUCCAGUUAGCAUGAUUCUCAUAAUCUUGUUUGCUUUCAUCUCUGUUUCUCAUGCCGGAAAUAUCAUAACGGUGGAUCAGUCCGGUCACGGUGAUUUCUACAAAAUACAAGACGCUAUCAAUUCUAUUCCGGCAAACAAUAAGGAGGCUGUGACAAUUUCGAUCAAUCCUGGAAAAUACAAGGAGACUAUCACCGUACCUCCAGACAAGCCAUUCAUAACAUUAAGAGGUAGCACCACAAAACCAAGCGACGUGAUAAUUACGUGGGAUCAAAGUGGCGACAUUGUUACUGUUGCGACAUUUCAUGUUUUGGCUUCCGACUUCAUAGCUCGCGACGUAACGUUUCAAAACACAUUCGGGCAUGGUCAUCAAGCAGUUGCGCUAAGGGUCUCCGGCGAUAGAGUAUCGUUUUACGACUGCUCGAUUAUCGGUUACCAAGAUACGCUAUUCGACGAAACCGGCAGACAUUACUACGAAAAUUGUUACAUUGAAGGAGUCGUUGAUUUCAUAUUCGGAAGCGCCACCUCUUUCUUUCACAGUUGUCACAUACAUUCGGCAAGAGCAGGAUUUAUUACGGCGCAGCGAAGGGAAACGCCGACUGAUAAUGGAGGGUUCGUGUUCUUUAAGGGUUCGAUUACGGGCGAAGGUGGAAAAACUUAUUUAGGAAGACCAUGGGUGGGUUCUUAUGCUAGGGUCAUCUUCGCCUACACUAACAUGGAGAAUGUGAUAGAACCAGCAGGUUGGUCUGAUGAUGGAAUCGGAGAAAAAGAAUUGAAGGCGAAGUCGUUUUGUGGGCAGUUCAAAUGCGACGGACCAGGAGCAACAACGUCCGAGAGGGUUCAAUGGGCGCGAGAGUUCAGUGAGGAAGAAAUUUCAAAGUUUGUGACGACAGAUUUUAUCAAUGGAAAAGAUUGGUUAAAGUCUAGUACUCCGGUAACAACUCCACCUCCGCCGUCUGCACCACCUCCCAUGAAGCCAUCUUCGCCACCACCGGCACCGGUGGUGAUUCCAUCGUCUCCUCCUCCGGCACCAGAGAUGAAGCCAUCUUCACCACCACGUCUCAUGAAGCCAUCUUCGCCCCCGCCGCCACCGGUGGUGAUUCCCUCCUCGCCGCCACCAGCACCGGUGACACAGCUGUCGUCGUCACCACCACCGCCAUUACCAUUGAGGGUAAUCAUCACUCCGUUUUCGCCUCCAUCAACAUCGGUGAAUAGUGGAGGGAAAGAAGGUGAACCUAUCAUCAUGCUUUACUACUCAGGGGCUUCUUCACACUCUAAGCAUCGUUUCAGCACCGGUGGGAUACUGGCUCUAGCAGCAGGUUUGGUAGCCGCAGCAGGUUUGGGGGUAUGGCUCUACAGAAGGCGCAGAACAUUGAACGAGAAGCUGAACCGCUCCUGCUUCUGCUAG